AAAGAAACAUUAUCAAAAGACAUUUUCUUAGAUAUUAAUAUUGUAAUAUCUCACUUCAUUACUCUAAUACUGUUAUCAUAAUUUCAGAAUCAUUUUUAUGGAAGUUAAUAUUCCAGCUUUUGUUUUUCACUUUAAAUACAUCAAUUUGUGUUUAAACUGAUGCUACACAGUUUUUUCAUUGAUCCUCUCAGGUACUUUGUCAGGGUGCCACCAUGACUACUUGCAAUGCCUCCCAGGGCCAUCCUUCUUUCUUCAUUCUGCAAGGCAUUCCUGGGAUGGAGGACAAACACAGAUGGAUAUCAAUCCCCUUCUCUUCCAUGUACUUCUUCAUCAUCCUUGGAAACUGCGCCAUCCUCUUCACGAUCUCCACAGAGAGGUCCCUGCACAAGCCCAUGUUCCUGCUCCUCUGUAUGUUGGCCCUCACAGACCUGGGCAUGUCCACAACCACUAUUCCCAAGGUGCUCUGCAUCUUCUGGUUUGGCCUGAGCAAGAUCAGCUAUGAGGGCUGCUUGGCCCAGAUGUUUUUCAUCCACUCCAUCUCUGCUUUGCAGUCUGCCAUCCUAAUGACCAUGGCCUUUGACCGUUAUGUGGCCAUCUGUGAGCCCCUGCGCUAUGCCACCAUCCUGUCCAAUAGUCGCAUCGGUCUCAUUGGCCUAGUGAGUUUAGUGAGAGCCAUCCUGUUCAUUCUGCCCAUGCCCAUCCUACUCCAGCAGGUGCCCUUUCAUACCAAUCAUGUCAUCCCUGCGACCUACUGUGAGCACAUGGCUGUAGUGAAGAUGGUAUGUGUGGACACCACAGUCAACAGGAUAUAUGGUCUGGUGGUGGCUUUGUUAGUUGUUGGACUAGACAUCUCAGCUAUUGCCUCAUCUUAUGUGCUAAUCAUCCGGGCAGUAAUGCGGCUCUCUUCUAAGGAAGCCCACCACAAAGCAGUCAACACCUGUACCACACACAUCUGUGUUAUGCUUAUCUCUUACACUCCCUCGCUUUUCUCUUUCCUCACUCACCGCUUUGGUCGGGGGAUUCCACCUCAUGUCCACACCAUUCUUGGCAACUUAUACUUCCUUGUACCUCCAAUGCUCAAUCCUAUUAUUUAUGGAGUGAAAACCAAAGAAUUUCGGGAAAAAGUGACUAAAUAUGUAUGCUGGAAAAAGGAGUCCAUAACCACUGCCCAUGGUCAGAAACCUGGCUGAUUAGCAGCAGUGGUAGGUAUGAAGAAAACAGAUUAAGUAGACGCAGUUCUUGAGGGAAUUUGGUUAGUGGUAGAAAUUGUCAUAUUGUCAGGUUAACCUCCUGAAUCCUUGAAUAAGAUGCUAAGAUACAGGAGUCCUACUUGCUCUCACUAAUUCCAAAGCAAGGCAACUACCCCUUAAGAAAAAAAAAUAAUAGCAUCUCUCCAUACCUGACAUGGUGUUUGGGGAAAUUAUAUAUGAUAAUGUAUGCAAAAACACUUCAAACAACAGCACAAACUGAAUGCAUGUAAAAUGGGGUAUAGUGUUUUCUAUGGAGAGAACAUAAGAACAAACAAUAACUUGUCCACCACUCUGAAAGGUAAGUCCAGUUGUGAGUCAAUGUGGGUGUGUAUUUGUAUUUGUGUGUUACAGGGGAGAUGGAAAGUGAAGAUUAUUUAUAAGGAGUGAGAAGGGAUAUUAAAAGUGCAAAAUUGUGUCUAGACCCUUUUAUUAUCCCUGCUGCUUUAUUUGUUGCUUCCUUGUGAACUAGAGAAUAUGGACAAGAAACAUAUUCAAUUCCCAAAGAAAUUUCAGAAGAAAAAGAAAACUAGAAGUUUCUAAGCUUAUAAUGUUGCUAUGCAUUUUAACUAAUUUUACACUUGUAAAAACUCCUAGUGUCUACUCUUCUGUUUGUCUCAACUAUUUCCAGUGUCUGAGAAGAAUCGCUUCCAGAGACAAUUCUGAGAAUGUUUUGUGUUGUGGUUAAAGUUAUAAAGAUCAGUUUUAUACUGGAAAUAUUUGGUUACAGACCUCUGCAAGGUUAUUUCUCUAGGAAUCCAAAAACAAGUCAUGAGUAGAUACCUGGAACAGCUUGUAAAACUCAGAUCCUAUGUCCCAGUAUUAUUAAAUUCAGAGGAUAUCGUUAAUCACUUCUUGACACUGGUUAGAGAUAUAGCAGUCAAUAUUUUAAGAUGCAUGUAGUUUGGAAACAGAAAGAUUGUAGGGUUAUUCAUCAUAUGGUAGAACUAAUACAUGAAGGUAGAAUUUAGUGAAAAAGAUACCUACCAUUAAGGUCACAAAGCCACUAUUUAGAGACUUAAAAUAUUUAAACUACAGUAAACAAACAAAACUUCCCCAGAAUUUGGUACCUGAUGUGAUAGGCUCAAAUACACUAAACAAUUCAAUAACAGGGACUGAUGAAGCUGGGCUAUUUUAGAGGUUGAAAUAAUGGACACAACCUUCAGGAAAUGAAAAAACUCAGGAUUAUAUAGGGAGCACCUUUUCUAUAAAUAGAGGAUCAGACAUGAAGGAACCCUUGC